AUGUACUCUUCGGCACACUCAUACAGCAUCAGGCAAAACACUGCUAGCAGCAUACCAACCACUUCGUUCGCCAGCUACCAUCGGGACAGCGUACACGACGAAUUCUCAAGCGAAAUACACAUCAACGGGUAUAAAAAGCUGAACAAGUGCGCAGUCGAGUCAGUCUCGCUAGUCUCGCUAGUCUUGCUAGGUCGCUCCGCUCCAUCGGUUGCCGAGUCGCCGAGUAGUAAUACGAGCCACCCGUUGCCAUUAGAGGACAUCCGUUGCCGAAGAUCACCCGUCGGGCCGCCGCCGCUCACCGUCACGCCACCGUUGCCGAGAAUUACUCGCCGUACCGCCGCCGCUGGUCACCGAUUGCUCAACCGUUGCUCCGCUACUGCUAGCGCUCCCACCGUUGCUCAACCGUUGCUCCGCUGUUGCCGAGAAUCACCCGCCGUGCUGCUAGCGCUCCCACCGUGGCUCAACCGUUGCUCCGCUGCUGCUAGCGCUCCCACCGUUGCUCAACCGUUGCUCCGCUGUUGCCGAGAGUCACCCGCUGUGCCGCCGCCGUUGCCACCGUUGCCCCGCUGUUGCCGAGAGUCACCCGCCGUGCCGCUAGCGAUCUCACCGUUGCUUCGCCGCUCCUGAGAGCCACCCGCCGUGCUGCUAGCGCUCUCACCGCUGCUGCGCUGCUCCUGAGAGUCAACCGCCGUGCUGCUAGCGCUCUCGCCAUCAUCCGCUCCGACCCGACCGCACGACCACAACGAACGUCACCUCCCUCUCCCUCUCUUUGGACAUAAGGUUGCUGGCACUCUAGUCGUAGCGCCGUGUGUGUGUGUGUGUUCGAAGUAAAUACACUAAAAUAGUGUGUUUUAUUUGGUGGGGGUUAGUGGGACCUUCG